AUCCCAAUGACUCGCGAUAACAACGAGCGACUGGGAGGAGGACAUUAUCGUCAUUUCGCUUUCAUAGAGAGAAAUAGAAGUGCCUCUUUGGUCCGCCCCUUUUUCCAGCAUACACUACUAGCAACCCCAAAUUCUCUAAUCUCACACAGCAAGAAACUGAAAAGAUGGGUGGGGGAAUGGAGUACAACAAGAACAAAUGGAUCGAGGAAUGGGGAGCAUCCAGAGAGAAUCUUGAGUACAACUUUCGUUGGAGUCGACGAAAUCUAGCCAUUGUUGGUAUCUUCGGUAUCGCUAUCCCUGUUUUGAUUUACAAAGGAAUCGUCAAAGAAUUCUUGGGCUACAAGCAAGAACUGUGUUAUGGUCUUUCAUUCGACAUCACCGUAUGAAUCGGUGCUACAAUUCUGAAUAUUCAAAGAAAUGGCAUCAAUAUAAUCGGGUUCUACUUUAAUUUACUUAGUUAUAAUCUCUCUAUAUAUUUAUUCUUUGUGAUUUUAUGAUUUUUUUUCCCCCAUAAAUGCAUGCCAAUUAGUUUAAGAAUAACAUCUUUGAUAUGUUUACAAUUUGUUAUUCCAUUGUAAAACUACAAGUUAGUUGGCAUAAAUAUGUAUGUCGCAGGCAUGAUAUCAUAUGAGAUCAUUUUGAAGUAUUUUACUUGAAUGAUCAUAUCAAUACAAUUUUCAAGGUAUAAAAAAAUGAUGUUUCUAGUAGGUGAUACGAAAUUGACUCAAAAACAUGAAAUUGAAAUCAAACAAGGAAAUCAAAGAUAGAAUUAGACCCAAAAUUAGUAUGAGUUUAGAACCAAUUAGACUAAAAGCCUAAUUACCCCUAAGAAUCAUCUAAUUAAGACCCUAAUUUAGGACCUUAUCAAAAAAAAUUAAGACCCUAAUUUAGGAUGAGUCCUAAAGGGAUUAGUGACUUUUGGAAUCCUUAAGACUAGGUAAUUAAGCAAUUAAGAAAUCACUACUCAUUACUCACAACCUAAACUAAUUAUCACUAAGAAAGCAAUAAGGAAUUAAAAGAAAGCUCUCAAAAGGCAUUAAAACAUACAAGGUUAAAUGACAUCAUCUCUUUCUUUGUUCAUCAAAAUCUAUCCCAAAAUGGCUUAGACUUCCUAUCUAUGCUACCACUGUUUAUGUUUAAUGGAAUUCCUAAAUUAGCCUUAAAAGGGGAUGAAAACGUAAUUAGCCACUUUGUUCAAGUUCUGUCUCAAGCGCCUCCUCCUGCGUGCUCGUUUAGCGAUGUAGCUUGGUGGCCUUCUUCGUGGUUGUGUUGGAGGCUCGCGUUCGCGAAGCAAUGUGAUGCCCAUCUCCUGUGGCUCAGGGUCCUCCUGCGCGAUCACAUCUACCUGCUCGCAUACGCGGUGCUCUAGCUCUUGCUGCGCGAUCAUGAAGGCCUGUCAUGAUCACGAUGCUUCUGCAACUUCUGCAGUUUCAACAUUCUGUCCAAGAGCUCCAAAGCUCUGAUUUUCAGCUCCCAGCCCCAGUUCUUGGUCUCCACAACAUUGGGGCACUGUAUAAUGAGUAUGAGACUCCUCCAAAAAGCUCAUGAAUGCUUCGAGCUUCAUGAUCAACAAUUCGAGCGCUUGUAGCUCCCUUGCUUGGCUUCUAGUGAAUGGCCUAGUUGGAGUAGGUGUGGGCAUGGGUGUUACCCCCCCAAAAAAAAAAAAAACCCAAAUUGGAAAAACAUCCUCAAACUUGCAUCAUCAUAUCUACAACACAAGGACUCCUAUGUUAUUAUAUUCCAUCCAUUAAUUGAAUACUCCUUUGGUGGCAUUGACAUAAUAGGUUAACGAGAUAAAUGUGAAAUUUGGUUAGAGCUUUGUAUUAACCGUAUAGAGACAAGUGUGGAAUUUGGAGUACUUCUAGUAAUUUUCCCUAGAAAACAAAUUAUUAACGAGCCUUUGACAACUAUUGAAAAUUUCUUUGUAAAGAAUGUUGUGGAGAAAAAGUUUGUGAGAAAAAAAGAAAAGCCGUUUUGCUUAUAGUAACUAUUGAAGAUGUCUUGAAUUCAAUUCCUAGCAGAGACAAGAGACAAAACACUAGGUGAUUUCUUUCCGUUGUUCAAGUCUUCGUGGACAAAGUUACUUGUUGCUGGUGCGGGAUGGCAGGUAUCCCGUGGAACUAGUCGAGGUGCGCGCAAGCUGGCCUGAACGCCACAGUUAUAAAAAAAAAAAAGUAACUAUUGAAGAUUUAUGGAAGUUUGUGAGUGGAAGAUUUUUCUUUGAUAAUGCCCGUAAACCACUUCUUUAAGAGGAAAAAAACAGAUUUUGAGUAUUAUUUUAGUGACCUUCUUGAAGAAACGUAAAACAAACAAAUUUUGUUAGUAAUAUUAUUUGCAAAAUUUCGAAAGGAUUUCUUCAAAGGUUUGGGAGUCAACCUUAAUGUUAGACUGGAAUGGAUCUGGAUAUAGUGAAAUAGAUACAGAGGGCUCACAUAAUCGAAUCCAAUAAUCUGGGAGUGAGAAUGUAGUUGAUUGAUAUUUAUAAGCUAAAAAAAAAUAAGUUGGGUUAGCCCAACUUAUUUUUUGUGGCUUAUAAGCUGAAUAUAAGUUGUUUUCAGCUUAUAAGCUACUUUAGAUAAGCUAAGUCAAACUGGCCCAAUUAUUUUUUUGAGCUUAUUUUAAGCACAAAAUGACUUUAAGCUGACCAGCCAAACACUCAAAAGAGCUGGAAACAACUUAUAAGCAACUUAUAAGCCAAUCCAAACGGGCUCAUUGUCCUAUGCCCGGUCAAAAGUAAAAUUUUCUGAAGUUGCAUGGAUGGAGUAGCCACUUUGCUUUUUCCCAUUCGUGAUGCUUGAUUCUCAAUAUUGGAAUUUAGUUAGCAAUAUUGCUAAUUUGUCAUGAGGUGACUCCUAUUAGGAACCUUGCUCACUCUUUACGUUUCUUAGUAGUAUCAGCUGCAUCAUAUAAUUGAAGAGCCAUUAUAUGUGCUAUGAGUUUGGGUCCUGCAUCUCCUAUAUUUGAGAUCCCAUGUCAACUUUUUACAGAUUUUUAGUAACAUCAAUAUGCUCUAUUAAAAUUCAAGUCAUUUUUGUGUCAAUGUGGCCUAAAGACUUUCUUUGCUACAUUUCCUGUAUUGGAUAUAUUAUAACUGCUCUUGUUAAUAUAUUAUGGGGUAGUGUUAGAAAAGACUAGUUGUCGUGAUUUUGUUCCAUUAUAUCUAAGCCUAGUUUUUCAUGAGUAUUAACACUAUGAUAAUUGU